UCUCCUCGGAGGAAGUGAUGUCUCCCACCCGGAAGCGGGAGCGAGCGGCGCGUCCGCUGCAUUUGAAAGCCCGGCGAGGAAGGCUUUCCGCGCGAGGGGCGCAUGGCUGCCUUCCCCAUGGAGCUGCCACUCACUCCCUCCGUGGGUGCUGAGCCAAUGAUGCUCGGUUCCCCUACUUCUCCAAAGCCAGGUGCCGGAGCUCAGUUUCUUCCUGGAUUUUUGAUGGGUGACCUGCCAACUCCUGUGACACCACAGCCUCGCUCUUUAACUGGCCCUUCUGUUGGGAUAAUGGAAAUGAGGUCUCCUUUGCUUGUUGGCGGAUCUCCUCCACAGCCAGUAGUUCCAACGCACAAAGAUAAAGGAGGGGCUCCACCAGUUAGAAGCAUAUACGAUGAUGUAGCUAGCCCAGGUCUUGGAUCCACGCCCUUAACUUCAAGAAGACCUGCCAGCUUCUCAGUAACGCAGAGUCCAACGGCUGGAUCCAUACCAACAACCCCCGGCACAGUUACAGGUGUGUUCAGUCCGGCAAGUCUUACCCAACCCAGGAAGACAACCAUGUCUCCAGCUCAGCUAGAUCCGUUCUACACCCAAGGGGACGCCUUAACAUCCGAAGAUCAUCUGGACGACACUUGGGUAACUGUGUUUGGAUUUCCCCAAGGGUCUGCUUCAUAUAUCCUGCUGCAAUUCGCACAGUAUGGAAACAUAUUGAAGCACGUGAUGUCCAACACGGGAAACUGGAUGCACAUCCAUUACCAGUCAAAACUGCAGGCCCGGAAAGCCUUGAGCAAAGAUGGAAGAAUUUUUGGCGAAUCCAUCAUGAUUGGAGUGAAACCUUGUAUAGAUAAAAGCGUGAUGGAGAGUACAGACAGAAGUUCGAUUUCACCCCCUUCUUCAGUCUUCACGCCACCAGUGAAAAUGCCCGGUACCCCUGUCCAGCCUUCAAAUACUCAGAGGAUUUCUACAAUGAGGCCCCUUGCUACAGCUUAUAAGGCUUCCACUAGUGACUACCAGGUGGUUUCUGACAGACUCACUCCUAGGAAAGACGAAAGCAUCGUUUCCAAAGCUAUGGAGUACAUGUUCGGCUGGUAGCACAAGACCCUGCAAUAAACUUUGCUGGAAGAUGCAACAGGACCGCUGGUUAACUGUGUGUCUGCUUAUGGCAGCAUUUUUGAUUCUCUGCCUUUGAAAAAAGAACUCGGCACUCAUGUGUUUUGCACUUUAAGCAGUGGCUGGUAUAUACCACUUUUAAGCUGUUGAUCCAUUGCAGCUGGUGUUUGACAGUUUGCCUUCACCCAUGAGCCUUGCUUUCAAAACUUUGUAACAUACUUCAUAGUUGCCCAGUUGUCUUUCUCCUUCCGAAAAAUGUGUGUGGGGGGGAGGGGGGGGGUUUGCCGCAGCCCGAUGUUGAUAUUGUGUAAAGAGACACUAAAAGGCUUUACCCGUUUUGAACCAAAUAUUUUAAUUUGAAUGCCCUUCCACUAUGUGGAAGAAUAUGACCAGGGUUCAUAUAAACUUUGGCUAGGUCUGUUCUAAACCAUCAGAUGUCCUAAAAGGGUUUUUUAAACAAUCUUAAUUAAAAUUCCGGUGCUACAAACUUGAA